GAGAAGCAUAAGGAAAAUGGACGUUCAAAUGGCCGCUGCCAUAUUUCCAGAUUAAUGAAAUGAUCACACGCGGCCGCAAGAGGAAAAUGGAAGCUCACAUAGGGGGGAGAUAACUGUAAGGCUCACGGUAGUAAGACCGAACCAAUCCCCGCUAAAACACAGAGCGUCUGCCUGCUAUCCGACGCUGCAUCUGGAGAUUCUGUCUGCAGUCCCGAUGUCAGCCAUCAGUUUGUUACAGUGGUUACAGACAUCGAUGAGGGGGACGACGGAGGUUCACACACAGACCUGUGACUUGGGGGACAUCUGGACACACAAGUACCCCCUGCCACUCAGUAAAUACCCCGCUCGCCCGAUUCGUACAGGUAACAAAUACUACGACGAUAUCAUCCCAGAACUGUCGAGCCUCGGCUUCAACCCGCUUCAAGUGAUCGCCAAGGGAAGAUCCGGGUCUGUAAUCCUUGCCCAAGAUCUCCACCCGUCCAAACUGGGCAAGGAGAGCGAAUACAAGCCUGUCGCCAUCAAACUGAACUCCGGCCGGAAGCGGAAACAAAGGGGUGCAAAGGUCGACAUCACAGAGGAGAUGCUGAUCCAUCAGCGACUGAGUCACCCGAAUGUCGUCAGCUUCCUUGAUACUCUUACCAUACAAGGACGAGCCGGGCUGAUCCUUGAGUUUUGUGAAAGCGGGAACCUUGAACAGCUUCUACGGGCCCAGGACGCCAAGUUCAUCACAGAACCAGUAGCCAGACGGUAUUUCAGACAAAUCCUGGACGCUUUGGAAUACAUCCACCAUUCGGGCUACGCCCACAGGGAUAUGUGCACACAAAACAUUCUCAUAACCAACGACAACAACAUCAAAAUCGCUGAUUUCGGACACACGGUGAAAUUCGUAACAGGAGAUCCACUCUGCGAAGAUUCUUGUGGAACUAUGGGAUUUCAAGCACCGGAAGUCGUCUGCAAAGUUCCAUUCAAUCCGAGGUUUGCGGACAUGUGGUCCCUAGGCGCUGUGUUAUAUACAAUGACGGUCGGCAAGUUACCUUUUGGCCGUCUGCGCAACGAAGAAAUGGCGCGAAGUAUAAAAUCACUGGAAUUCCCUCCCGAGAAGAUCAUGGUUCUAUCGAGCGAGAUUAAGGACUUACUGAGAGGGCUUCUUGCCUACGUAGCAGCUUCACGGUACUCGCUCAAUCGGUCCAGCAACUGCGAUUGGAUGAAUGUCCGAGACGAGAGAGUGUAUAUCGGCAACUUCUACCUCGUCCGCCAACCGCAGAAGAUCUUCGAAGGUGACAGAGAAAAGGAUAUCAAAGGGAAUUACAAGAUUUAGAACUCAUAAGAUAUCCUGUGAAAUGUGUCUCUGACCACCUGUUGAUGUGUCUCAUGAUCUGUACGGAAUAUAUCAUUUUCGUAAUUUUAUCUACUAUAUUUAUGUUUGGUCUCUUGUAAAAAUGAAUGUAGAAAUCUAGCAGGGAUCUUUCAUUAAUCAUGAUAGUGAUGUUUUUGUAACUGAGCAGUGUAAAUCUCCGUUAAUACUAAGGUGAACGGGACAGUUUAUUUGGAUUUUUGAUUUUGUAACGCCAGCCUACUCUGGUCAAAUGUGUUCCGUAGUUUUGAAUGACCAAAACCUUAAAAAGAUGUAGUCAUGGAGAAUAAGUCACCAACCAGAAAAUUCCUAGAGUACACAUUUUGUGUUAGCAUAAAAUAUUCCGUUAGUGAAUUUGUAUUUCAAUCUAUACUUGUUUGUUGGAUUCAAAUCAGAUAAUUCCGAUAUGUUUUUUACAGUGGCGUUUAUGUACCAACGAGUGAUAGAACCCAGGCCUGACUGGAUGGUUCUGUUUCAAUGAAUUCACACAUCACUGAUGUAUUUCGUAAUAUAUUGAAUUUUGUGAUUUGAAACCCCAAUUAUAAACCUUUCCCGAACUACUAAUAGAAGGAGAGUUGUUUCAGUCAUAUAGUGGCUACAUCUGCACUUGUCUACCUGCUUAAGUAAAGUGUGGAUUAGUUUCAACAUAAUUAACAAUAAAUCUCAU